AUGAACCGCGCGAACAGCCCCUUGCUGGCGAGGGUACAUACUCUGAGGCCUACGGGGAAGUGCGAGUUGAGUCCGUCGCAGGGCACAAAGGAAGCUACUCGGUUCAAGAGCGGGCAUCCCAUGAUAGGUGGACUGAAGGUUCUGGAGAGCCUCCCGUACAACCAUUUCCUAUUGAAGGGCCUGGUGUGCCUUUGCCUUAUUAUGGAAGAGGAGGCAGGAGGAAAUCGAUACGAGCACGACAGGGAACGUUUAGGCACAGUACAACGUCUAGUCAAGCUCCUGAAGUUGAUACGCAGUUGGUGGCGUAUGGAGCACCGCAAAUUCCGCCUUCGGGGUUGCCCGAACAAAGUCCUUCAGUUUCAGGUCAAGCAUCCGGUGAUUCGUCGAUUGGAGGAAGUCAAAGACCUCCAGUACCAUCCGAUCGUUGGCGGACGGAAGGACAUGAAACACCCUCCGCACAGGGCUUCGGUGGAGCAGGGGCUGAUGAGCAUUUGCCAUCCUAUGGGGAAAGACACUGGUCGCAGUCGGCACGGCUUAGUGAAGGAACGGUUUACAGCCCAGCUUCUAGUGCAGACACUCUUGCAGAUAGUGGAGGAUUCGUUAGAAGCCGUUGCAAGUGAAGAAGCUGGAUCGGAGUGCAGAUUGCUACCAGCAGAAGUUAUGGAGAGGCUUGUGAGCUUUUUCAGUGACUCAAUAGGCACUGUAAGAAAGUGCAGCUCGCUCCUGCCUAGGCUAAGCUCACUGCAUGGUCGACGUUUAACUUGGAUGCUGCUAAGACUAGCAACGUUGGACAUGGCUGCUCUUGCACGCGUUCCACGCAGCAUUCAGGUUCAUAGAAGGGAACUGGGAAGAGCGAUGUAUGGCCUUGCUUUGGAGCUUUGUUCAUACAGCCAGAAUACCGAGACGCCAGACACCCUGUUCAUUCAACAGCUUCAGAUUUUUGCUCAACUUAUCCAAGAUAUCCAAUGUACAUGGGGUGCCGCCACCUCUUUACCACCCCAUAAAAACGCAAUACAAGUUGAGGCAAAUUUGGCUGUGUCUGAGACUGCACGAAAACACUAUGGGAAUGCGGUGGAUGGAUUGCUGUGGCUGACGGAGACUCUUUCUGCAGUGCAGGUAGCACCGCUGGUGGAGCAACACCUGCGUGUACUGGAAGCGCUUUGCAAUAUGCGCGCAGUUCAGGUUUCCCGGGAGACAGCAAGUCGACAGCUUAUCUUCCACUUCCAGAAGCUAAGAGGUUCUCGGCCACUCAUUGAUCUCGGCUUUUUGACCCCACAGGACAUGACCGUGCUGCCGGUACAAUAUACAUGUGCAGAACUCAGUCGGGUUGUCGCCCGUGGGGGAGGCAUUUUCAUUCCCCCACAAAUGAACCCCGGUCUUGCUGCAAUGCCGCCUUGGACACCGUCUUCUGGCCCUCAUAUGCAAGCCACUGAUGAAUUUCAAGGCACAUCAGGCUCAACAGAGAUGCACCGCAAGGGUUCAGGUUCUACGGAAUUGAGUGAAACUGUGACCGAGCAGGAAGCUCACGCGGAAUUGAGUGAAACUGUGACCGAGCAGGAAGCUCACAAGGCACGAUCCGGAACACCCUCAACGAGCCUGUCCCCUUCGGCAAGCACAAGGAGUCAAUCGGGAACACCCUCAGCGAGUCUGUCCCCUUCGCCAAGGGCGAGGAGAUGGAGCAGACAGCGACAUAGGAAUACACAAGCGAAGCCAAGCCCAGGGGAGUCACCAUCUGCGGGCCCGUGA